CGUUCAGAACCAAUUAAUUGCAACCUCAAUUAGUGGUAUAGAACUACUUAUUACAAUCUUGGAUGUUGCAAAUAUUUGUUUUAUUUAUUGUCCUCCAAAAUCAGCUACCAAUCAGAAUUUUGCAAAUGUCAUGCAAUAUUUACAGUCAAUCAUAAAUAUAACUAAACCAACCAUUAUAAUGGGAGACUUUAAUCAAAAUGCAUUACAAAAUUGUUCAGUAUUAAACUUCCUUCAGCACAAUUACUCAUUUCAUCAAAUUUUGAAAUCUCCAACAACUGAUUAUGAUUCUUGUUUAGAUCAUAUUUACAUAAAUUUCCCCCAAGAUCGUCUUUGUCUUUCUGGAACAUUAGAAUCAUACUAUUCUGAUCAUAAACCAAUAUAUUUAUCAGUGAUAUCAGAAACAUCUUAAAACAUGAUAACUUUUCAGCUUGUCACAAGUCUAAAUUCAUCUUGUUGUGCCUGCCAAUACAAAUGUAUUACACCAAACAAUAUAUUCAUUCAAUUUUCUUAAUCUGCUGUACAUUAAUAUUCAAUAAACUAAUUAACAUAUCACUGUUUCAGGCUACAACUAUCUCUCUGUCAGAUCUGAUGGCUCAAAAGGGUCAAAUCCCUUACACUAAGAGUGUUAAAGCCAAAGUGAUCGACACCGAUCCGGAACAUUCCUACACCAAUGAGAGAAAUGAGUCACGUAUUCUGAAAAACUGUGUCAUAGCUGAUGAGGGAAAAGCAGUUCUGUGCGUCGUGUAUGACCAGACAAAAUUCCCAAGAUUCAAGGAGGGGAGCUCAGUUAUCUUGAGAAAUGUGAUUAAGAAGCCUGAUGGGGUUGCUGUCACUAGCAACACAAAGGUAUUCCCCUGUGCAGAAGUUAGUGUUCCUGAGCACAUUGUGAACCAAGCUAAAAAUCUUCUGCACCCCCCACCUGCCCCAACAAAGACGGUGAGCGAAGCUUUGAAUUCGCCGCCUAAAGAGAGAGUUUCAAUAAAGGGGACAAUCACCCAGGAAGAAGCAACAAGACAAGUUUUUGUAAGGGAGGAAAGAGUUAAUGUAAAGAACAUUUACAUAGAGGAUGCAACAAGCAAGUGCAAAGUUGCAUUGUGGCGCAGCUUUGCUGAAAAAGACAUAAGACCAGGAGAUUAUGUCCAUAUCACAGAUGUUGUGAUCAACACCUUCCGCAAUGAAGUGUCCUUGACAACAACUUCAAAAACCAAAAUUACAAAGACGGAUUGUCCUCCAGAAGUGAAAGUCAAGCAGGCUGUCUCUGGCUGUGUUGAUGGGGAAAAUAUGACAUUCCUGUUGGAAGAUGAUACCAUUCUAACCAUGCCAUUGGAAUUGGUAGAAGUUGCCCUACCAAAUGUUGAGAAAGAGGAAAUUGAAAGUUAUGUAAUCAGCCGCUGCAAUCCGAUGCUGUCUAUUAGAUGCACCUCAAAGGGGAGCAGUGUCAUAAGCAUUGAGUUUUUGUGAACAUUAAU